AUGAAAGAAUCAAAUAAUGAGGAAGCAAGUGCUUUAAUAACUGAAAAUGAAAAAGGUGAGCAUAAUGAGAAUUGUGUGGGGAUAAACAAUGGUGAUAUGAUGGAUAACAGUAGUGGUAAUAUAAGUGAUGCAAAUAUAAAAGAGUUUAACUCUAAAAAUAGUAAUGUUAAUAAUAAUUAUUUAAAUAACGAAGAUAAUGAUAAUAAUAAUCAAUGUAAUAAUAAUUUAUUAAAUACAAUGAGUGAUGAAUUUACUAUUAAUAAUAAAGAAUUAUAUAAUAGUAACAGUGAUAUAUAUUUAGAUUAUAAAAAUCAAAAAGUGACAAAUGUGAGUUUAAAUGAUGAAUCAUUUUUAAAAAAUGUAGAUAAUAUGCGAACCUUUGAAAGAGGUAUAGUAUAUUUAUCGGAAGAAGAGUAUAUAUACAUGUCAAAUAAAAUCAAAUUAUUAGGAUUUCGAUUUAUUGAAAUUCCUUGUGCAAAACCAAAAACAGAAAAAAGAAAUACAUUUAGUGCUAUAUCAAAAAGGCAUUUAAAUGAAAUAAAAAAUUUACACUGCUCAUUAUCAAAUAGUAUAUAUGAUGCAGGUAAAAGAAAGUCAAAAAAAUCAUAUGAUAAAUUUUAUUCAAAAGAUGAAUUUAGUAGUAGUACAGCUACUAAAGAAAAUGUAAACGAUAUACACAAAUAUAAUGAUAAUAAUAAUAACAGCACCGUUAGUAGUAUCGAUCAUGUUAUUGGCGGUAAAUCAAAUGCUAAUUUGGGUGGAAAAAAAAAAUUUCCAAGUAAUAGCUUAUCAAAUGUUAAUGUAAAAUCGAGUGAUAAUAUAAACUAUGGCCACAAUAAUAGGAGUCAUAGUAUGCUAAAAAAAGGUGAAACAUGGGAUGGUGAUAGAAACAAUAAUAACAAAUUAAAUAACAGUAGUAAUGUUAGCAAUUCUAAUAAAGGAAAGGGAAAGCUUUCUAAAUGCACUACCCUUGGUAGUGGUAAGAGGCAAAUGAGCUCUUCUUUCACAGGAGGAAAAGAAUCACUAAAAAAGAAAGCAAAACAUAAUAAUUAUUAUGAAGAUAACAAUACUAUAGAUGAAUAUGAAGAACAUCGAAGAACAUAUAGGAAAAGAAUUUAUAAAUGUCAAAAUGCUUGGAAAAAUAAUUGUUUUAAAAUAAUACAUAAAUUAAAAAAAAAAGAAAUGAGUUGCUGGUUUUUAAAACCAGUAAAUCCAGAAUUAGAUGGAAUACCAAACUAUUAUAAUAUUAUAAAAAAUCCAAUGGAUUUUGAAACAAUAGAAAAUAAAUUAUUGAAUGAUAAAUAUAUUAGCCCUUUUCAAUGGCAACAAGAUGUUAGACAAAUUUUUUAUAAUGCAUUUACAUAUCACAAAGUUAAAAAUUGUGUGUGGAAUGAUGCUUAUAAAUUAGCAAAAGAAUUUGAUCGAUUACUUAACGAAGAAAAUAAAAUGAAAAAUAUACAUAUGGAAUAUACUAGAAGCACAAACUCAGUACUAUUUGAUAUGAAAAAAUAUAAUGAAAUUUUAAUUAAUAAAAAUAAUAAUUAUGAUAGUGAUAGUAGUACUUAUAGUAGUGACUAUAGUAGUGAUGAUGGAGAUGCAAGCUCAGAUUAUGUAACAAGUAAUAAUAAUAAAAAAGCUAGCAUUCAUAAUAAAAUGAAUCGAAAUAAUUAUAAAAAAAGAGGAAGUACAGCAAUAGGUGGAAUGAAUAAUAGUAGUUUAUCUAUAAAUCAUUUAUCAUCAGGUAGCCAAAUGUACUCAUCUCACAAUAAAAAGGGAUUAUCAGCAGAUCUAGCAGAUCAUAAAAUGUAUAAAUCAAGUAGAAUGGGAUCAAAUGAUAUGGAUUCGAUGAAAAAUAUUCGUGAUGGUAAAUUUAUGGGAAAUAAAAAAGAUAAAUUGCUCGGUAAAUAUGACAAUAAUAAUUUAAAUAGUAAUAAUAGCAAUACGAGUUGUUACAAUAAUAGCAAUUCUAUUGAUUUUGAACCCCCAAGUAUGGGAACAAUACCUGAGCCCCCAGGUAUUCAAAAAAUUGGAGUUAAUGACAAAGGGUUAAAUAAUUAUCAAGUUAAUCUUCUUUUUAAAAACAUGAGAAGAUUAGCACCUAACCAAAGAAGAGCAGCAUUAGAAAUUAUACAAGAUGAUUUAGGAAUAUUAGCAGAAAAUCAUAUGUUUGAUAGAUUUUUUACAUUUGAUACAGAGUUAUUAUCUAUUGAAAAACAAAAAAGAAUAUUUUUGUAUAUAAAUCAUAUGGGAAGAAUUAAUUUGGAGCAAUUUAAAGCUUCACGAAUUUCUUCUGAACAUAUGCCUAAUUGUAAUAAUAAUAUAUCUAGAGGAAAAAUGAUGAUGCAAAUGAAAAAUGGUAAUAAUAAAAAUUAUAUGAACAGUAAUAAUAAUGGUGGGCAUUAUGAUAAAAGAAGAGGAAAUAGAUAUAUAUCAUCAUCUUCUAAUUCAUCUGACACAUCGUCAUCUAAUUCAUCAGAUUCGUCUACGUUUUCAACGUCAAGCGAUGAUAGUGAAUCCGAUAGCGAGUCAGAUAUGGAUUUUGAUUCAUAUGAUAAUAAAAAAAAAAAAUUAAAAGGGCAAUUUUCAAAUGAUAAAAAAAAAGAAGUCACAAAUAAAUUUUUUGAUAACAAACGAAAAUCAUUGCCACAAUACAAACCUGUUGAUGAAAAAAAAAAAAGUUUAGAAAUUCGAGAAGAUGUAAUGGGAACACAUGCUGAUUUUUUAGGAUCAAUGGAUACCCCAAAAAAUCAAAAAAAAAAUAUAAAAAAAAAUCAUAAAAACUCAGGCACUGCUUGGCCCGAAUGGAAAGGUCAAGUCAUUCAACAGGCUAUUCUCACACAACGACAAACGAAUGUUCCCAUAAAUAAGAAGGAAUUAAUAGCUGAAGGUUAUGAUGCAAAAAUUUAG